AUGACAGUAUCCCCUUUUAGUACUUCACCCAGCAGUGUACAUUCGAAUCCUUUUGGUAGUAGUAGUAGCGGCGAUCAAACAGCCAGCCGUUGCAUACAUGCCAUUACAAACCAAGACGACGACGACACCUCUGUCUUAUCGCUUGCUUGUAGCAAAAAGUACUUAUUCUCUGGCAGUCAGGGAUCUGCGAUUCAUGUGUGGAGCCUUGACACGUUUCAACUAGUCACUGUAUUGCAAGGACACCAUGGCAGUGUGUUGGGAUUGACUCUGUCUACAGAUCAGCAAUGGCUAUUCAGCAGCUCUGGCGAUGGCACAGUGCGAGUGUGGAGCAUUGAUACAUUAGAAUGCGAUCGAGUCAUUCAUUCAUGCCAUGAUGUAGGUGACAUCUUUUCAAUGGUAUACACACCCAAUCGAGUGCUCUUUUUUGGUUGUCAAAACACCAGCAUUCAAUGGUACGAUUUUAAGGAGGCUCCCCAACAACAGCGUCUUAUCAACAACAACAACAACAAGAACGAGAACGGCUGCCAAAAGACGCAAUUCUUCAAACUGUUUCAUGACUUGGGCCUGCAUUCAUCCAAACAGUUUAUUCAACAAGAUGCAGCAGUAGCUCAAUGUGUCAUCCGAACAAGCAAUGUUUACUCUAAUGCUCAUGAUGGUUAUGUUUAUAGUAUGACAUACGCACAAGAUAUACCCAAUCUGGCAGGACAAGUAUUACUUACAGGCUCUGGUGAUGGCCAUGUCAAGAUCUGGUCCAUUCAAGCCAAUAACAUGUUACAGCAUCAUCAAACACUGACAGGUGGUGACCCUGACAGAGGCAUUUUGAGCCUAGCCAUAUCUGAUGAGGGCUAUUUGUUUUGUGGUGUACAAGGUGGCCAUGUUGAGAUUUGGGAUCUUGAAACGUAUCAACUGAUAAAGACGGUGGCGGCACAUGCGGACGAUGUGCUGUCUGUCAUUGCUCACUGUAAUGGCUUUGUAAGUGCUUCUGCUGAUGGCUCUAUCAAGAUUUGGAACGAGGCGUUUUGCUUGAAGGAGGUCGUUGACCAAGAAAAUGGCAUUAUUCUAUCUAUGGUACAAUCAAACGACUACUUGAUCACAGGCAGCAGCAAUCACUCUAUCAAAAUGUGGAAUGUAGCGGCAUCAUUAAACAGUGACAUGUCAAAAACCAGCGGUGAGCCGCAUUUACGUGGUCUGAUGCAUGCGAGCAAUCCUAGUGAUUUACUCUUGCGCAUCCUCGAGAAAUGGAUAUCGAUUCGAACCAUCAGUGGACAGCCUCAAUACUUGGAGGAGUGUCGUCGAGGAGCUAAAUAUCUCAAGAAUAUCAUGCAACAACUGGGUGCUACCAGUCAAUUGAUUCCCAGUAUUGCUGGGAAGAACCCUUUGGUCUAUGCCAAGUUCUCUGCGAAUCAAUGUAACCAUCGUCCACAAACAUCUAUUCAAGACCAGUCAACGACCCAUUUACAGCGCACACCGCACACGGUACUCUUUUAUGGUCAUUAUGAUGUGAUGCCUGUAGAAAACCAGAAAAACGAAUGGCUCAAGGAUCCGUUCAAACUGACUGGUCUCAAUGGCUAUCUGUACGGUAGGGGAACCAGUGACAAUAAGGGUCCAAUUGUGUCUUCCUUACUCGCUGUGCAUGAACUAUUCAAAGAAAACACAUUGGAUGUCAAUGUCAUCUUCUUGAUCGAGGGAGAAGAAGAGUGUGGUAGUAGCGGUUUUUUGGAAGCUUUGACAAAUCAUCAUAGCCUGCUUCAAGACAUCGAUCUGAUACUAUUGAGCAACUCGUAUUGGCUUGGAGAAGAUAUACCUUGCAUCACCUACGGUCUACGAGGCGUUGUUCGUGCUGAUAUCACUGUGUCAAGCGGCUUGCCUAAUUUUCAUUCGGGUGUAGAGGGCGGUGCCAUUUCAGAGCCAUUGAUUGACUUGGUGCAUGUCGUUGGUAAAUUGGUAGAUUGUGAAAUACGAGUGCUUAUUCCAGAUUUUUACCAAGACGUAUUGCCUAUAACACCUUCUGAGGAGCGCUUAUACGAGCCAAUUGUAGAUUGGAUACAGUCGUCCAAGGCAUUGCCUCUGCCAAAGAGUCGCUCGCAGCAUUCAUGUGUCACCUCGCCCUCACUCAAUUCAGAUGCAUUCAGUGACGAUGAUGAAGCAGCCAGCAAUAGCAGCUGUAUGGCAGCAGAUCAAUCGCGGGAUCAGAUCAAGAAUCAGCUCAUGUCGCGCUGGAGAUAUCCAACAUUGACAGUACACAAGGUGGAUGUGUCUGUCAAUAAUCCCACCAUCAUUUCAAACUCGGUUACAGCCACCAUCAGCAUGCGCAUCGUCCCAAACCAGGAGAUUUCAGAUAUCUGCAACAAUCUCAAGAUCUAUGUUUAUCAAAUCUUUGAUCAGCUGAAAUCUGAUAACCAAAUCAAGGUCGACAUUCAGAGUUCUGCAGAUUAUUGGCUAGGCGAUCCAGACAGUGAGUACUUUAAGGCAGCUGAACGAGCCAUUGAAAACGAAUGGCACAUAAAACCACUGUAUAUUCGAGAAGGUGGCUCUAUUCCAGCAGUGCGAUGGUUGGAAAAGGUUUGCAAAGCACCUGCUAUUCAUAUACCAUUUGGUCAGUCAUCCGAUCAGGCCCAUUUACCCAACGAACGUAUUCGAUUACAUAAUCUACAUGCUGGAAAAAGAAUCAUAAAAGCUCUGCUGCAAGACAUUUAA